AACCAGUCACCGGGAAGGAAGUCAUUCGAGCGUCGUCACGUGACUCGUUGCUAACCAAUCCAGUUGAACUUCCAGAAGGGAGCUCCUCAGUUUGGAGUAGCGUUGUUCGCAACGGACGCAAGGUGAAAGUAAAUAGGAGGCAUGUCUCCAGAGGAUGACCUCCAGGGUCCCCCUCUUGGUUUCAGCUCUACCAGGGAGGAUGGUACUCUGGGCUGUGAUACCUCUCAGGAGCCAAGGGGAGCCAACAAUGCCCACAACAGUCUCCAAACAAGAACCGCAGAGGCUGACAUCAUUCGCUGCGGAGAUCUUGCUGUUGAUGGAAAAGGCCAUUUCCUGAAAAUAUUGAUGGAUGCAGAAACAGCUGCCAACUCUGCUGCCUUACAACUUGUGUCCUUUAAAGAUGCUAUGGAGGAUGAAUUUGCUGAUUCAAGACAUUCAGCCAUCGACAAACGCAGAAUUGCAAGGCAAAAAAGACUUUUGCUGGAGAAGUUGGAUGACUUCAGAAGAAUCAAUAAAUCUGUUAGACAGAAACUGAAACAGCUCCAAGAUGCAGAGGUUGGUGAGAAACAUUUUUUUGCUCAGCGAGUAAAUGCAGACCGUCAAAUUGACAUUUUAUUGAAGAAGAUCUCUCAGGCUGAAAGUGAAAAUAAUCAUUUAAAAAGAGAUUUGAGUGAGACAGAGAAAAGAGUUGAGGACCUGAUGAAUCAACGGAGAGAAGAGCAAGCGAACAUGAAGAGUGCAGUUCACAUGACCAAGUCUGUGGAGGCGACACGUGCUCACCUGCAGGGACAGCUACGCAACAAGGAGGCUGAAAACAAUCGCUUGACUGUGCAGCUACGGACUUUGGAGAGAACUCUGACACAACAAAAAAUGGAGUUGGAUGAGCUGAAAAGCUCCAUCACCCCCAUGACUGAGAAGGCAGCACAAGACAAAGAAUCUCUGAAAAAAGCCACCAGAGCUCAGAAACUGAGAGCUGAAAGAUUUGAAGCAGCGAUCGAGAAAUGCUAUGAACAACUGAAGGAAAAGGAUGUCCAACUGGCCAAUGCUCGUUCAGAGAGAGACUCAAGGAGAAAACAAAAAGAGCAGCUGACAGAUGAGAACGCUAAACUUUCAGCUCAUAUAGAGUUGUUAAAAAGCCAAACUGCAGAGCUGACAGCGAGGCUGCAGAAAGAGAAGGAUGAGCUCCACGCUGCUAAUGAAGUUGUGAUGCAACGCAUUGAAAAACUCAGCGCUGAAAAUGGCGACCUCAGCUUCAAUAAUGCAUCACUCAAGGCAUCAGUGGCUCAGCUUGAGCAGCAGCUGGCCGAGGCCGAGUCUGCCCUCAUAGAGGAGAAGAUAGUAUCUCAGGAGAUGAAACAUCAAACAGAAAAGCACCAAUUUCAGGCUGCAGAACUUCAAGCUGAGGUUGACGAUCUGAGGACCAAAUAUGCAAAUCUCUUGCGAGAGACGGAGAGAAGAAGAGAUGGAAAAGAUGCAGAAGUUGACAAGGUAAGACGAGAGCUGCAGGGGCGUGUGGAUGAGCUGAAGCCUUUUCCUGAGUUGCUGAACUCAGCUGAGAAGAGUCUCUUCGAGUGCCAGGAGAACCUGCGACGCUCAGAGAGGAGGUGCUCAGAAAAGUCAGAGUCUGUUAGGCAGCUGCAGGCUAAGAUGGAGAGUCAAACCGAACUGCUGUCGUCCUCUGUGGAAAUGAAGGAGUCCGUUCGUGAGGCCAAUUUACAGCUACAAGAGAGAGUGAUUACUGUCCAAAAGCAAAUUGAGAAGCUGCAGCAGGAGAACCUGGAGCUGGUCCGGAGACUUGCUGCUCAGGAAGAAGCGCUAAGCUACAGUAACCGUCAGCUGGACCAGCGCUCGUCAGAGUGUCAGGCUCUUAGCCGGCAGCUGGAGACGGCUUUAUCAGACGUUAGACAGCAGAUCAACAAGGUAAAAGACAAAGCUGUCUCCAGAGAGGAGGUCCUUCAGACCAGAAUCGUGGAGCUAGAAGCUGAAAAGAGCAGAAGAGACAAUGAACUGCGGCUCCUUCGCCAGAAAAAGAUCUCUGCAGAGAAACAGUUUGAGACGCGUCUGAAGGACCUGCAGCUCAGCCUCGACCAAUCAGAGAGCCACAAACAAAGCAUUCAGAACUACGUGGAUUUUCUGAAAAACUCUUACACCUCAAUGUUUGAUGAGGGACUGCAAACAACAACAUUUGGAUCAUCAUAUUUUCUAAAGUAAUCAAGGACUUGUGCUGUCCUUUUUAUAUUUAUUUAUUUAUUGUUAAUUUGAUUUUUUAUGGUUUUUAAAAAUGAGGGUUUAAAUUGUGCAUUAGAUGGUGUGGGACUGUUUUUUGACAUUUGCUACAACUGUUUGCUCAAACUUUUGGAGAUUUUUACUAGUUGUCAGGAAGAUCUGCUGUAGUUUGAGAGGUUAGAUGCUUGCUUGCUCUUGUCUAAAGAGUAUUUAGUACUACUGAGUCUUAUUGCUAUACGGUGAGUAAAAAGCUACAUACAUUUUUGACUUGUUUACAUUUUUUUCAGGUUGUGAGUUGACUGAGACUCUGAAUUGGACUGUGAAUUAUGACUGAGUUCUGAUUGUAAACAUUAAGCUUUUGCACAUAAUUAUUCUAGUAAAAUAGCAUUAAUAAUCUUUGCAACACCUAAACAAUGUAUAGAUGAUCUGCUUGUUGUAAGGGCUGUUAAAGGAAAAUGUUAGAGAUGAAUGUGAAUUUGUGAUUAAUGCAACUUUACAAACAUAAAUUUUCUCACAUCACCUUAAACUGUGAA